GAUCCAUUCCUAUGGAAAUGUGUAAGCUCAAGAACAUAAGCAUACUAGAUCUUUCACAAAAUAAGCUUUCUGGAGGGAUACCACAUUGCUUAAAUAACAUCACAUUUACAAAGAAGGAUCAGAUGGAUGGAACCUUAUUAGGAAAAUUUGUUGUCCCUUGGACAACAAGAGGCCCGGUAUUUUACUUUAAUUACACAAGCGGUGAUCUUGUUCAUGAUGAAUAUGAAAGAAAUUCUACAUGGUAUGAGCAACAAGAAGUGAACUUCAUGUCCAAAAACAGGUAUGAAUCAUAUGAAGGAAAAAUAUUAGAUUUUAUGUCCGGCCUAGAUCUCUCAAAUAAUCAAUUGACAGGUGAAAUCCCUUUAGAAAUUGGAUACUUGAACAAUAUUCAUACAUUAAAUAUGUCAGACAAUUAUUUGACUGGGCCAAUUCCAGAAACAUUUUCUGGCCUUAUGCAAAUUGAGAGUUUAGAUCUUUCACACAAUGACUUGACAGGCCAUAUUCCUUCCCAACUUACACAAUUGUACUCUUUGUCUGUAUUCUCUGUGGCUCACAAUAAUCUAUCCGGGAAGACACCUGACAUGAAGAAUCAAUUUUCAACUUUUGAUCCAAGUUGUUAUGAAGGGAAUCCUUUUCUUUGUGGUCCUCCUCUACAACAAAAGUGUUCAUCUAUUGAUAAUCCAUCAGGGAGAAACAUACAACCACAUCAUUCAGAGGAAGUGGGCUUCCGAGAUGCCUUCUUAUGGACUUUUUCAGGAGCAUUUGCAGUUUUCUUUCUAGGUGUCAUUACCUGCUUGUAUUUCAACUCCUACUUUUAUAGUUACAAGUAAAUUGGAAGAGAAUUGUGUUAGUA